GGCAAAGGCAACUACAGAGUGGGCACCACACGCGCGUGGGAGACUCAUCUCGUCCUCGUUUUCUCAGAUUGACGACCACUGGUGUGUUCCCUCUCCCUCUCUUUCUCUCUCUCUCCCCCUCCAUCUUUACACUUCGCUUCGUCUGUGUGAGAGACUACUCUGAAGAAAGCCGCUGCCGAGCAACCCUUGAUUCUCCCGACAGUAACAAAACGGCGUAAUUUCAUUGUUUGUCUCGGCUUGCGUACGAGUUUCUUGUUUCUUGUUCCUUCCCUUCUCCGGAAAAGGAAAGUACCCUUCUUUCAGCUGGAUUCGAGCUUCCGACUCGGGCUUUGGCACAGAACGUUAGUUGAAGAUAAUCGAUUCGUGUCAGAUGUUUUUGAGCUUGAGGAGAGGAUCUCACUCUCCCUAUGGCCAUCCAUGGCGCCUGAGAGUGAAAGUGCUGGUUUAGUUUUCGGGUUUCCGUGUGAUGGUAAUCGGUGUUUGUAGUGAAGACGAGGAAGUGGGUUUUCACUCAAAAUGCAUUUCGCGAAGCUUGAUGACUCUCCUAUGUUUCGCAAGCAGUUACAAAGCUUGGAAGAAAGUGCUGAACUGUUAGGGGAACGGAGUCUCAAGUUCUACAAAGGAUGUCGGAAAUACACUGAAGGGCUUGGCGAGGGGUAUGAUGGAGACAUUGCUUUUGCAAGUGCCCUUGAAACAUUUGGUGGAGGACAUAAUGAUCCAAUAAGUGUGGCUUUUGGAGGACCUGUAAUGACCAAAUUUACGAUCGCAUUAAGAGAAAUUGGGACUUAUAAGGAAGUUCUUAGGUCACAGAUUGAGCAUAUAUUGAAUGACCGAUUGCUCCAGUUUGCCAACAUUGAUUUGCACGAGGUCAAGGAAGCUCGGAAGCGCUUUGACAAGGCUAGCCUUAUAUAUGACCAGGCCCGUGAAAGGUUUCUAUCUCUGAGGAAAGGUACAAAAACUGACAUUGCUGCAGCUUUAGAACAGGAACUUCACACUGCAAGGUCUACGUUUGAGCAAGCUCGGUUCAACUUUGUGACUGCUCUAUCAAAUGUCGAAGCCAAGAAAAGAUUUGAAUUUCUUGAAGCAGUCAGUGGAACAAUGGAUGCACAUCUUCGUUACUUCAAACAGGGGUAUGAAUUACUACAUCAAAUGGAGCCAUACAUCAAUCAGGUUUUGACCUAUACCCAGCAAUCCAGGGAAAGAUCGAACUAUGAACAGGCAGCACUUAACGAAAAGAUGCAGGAGUAUAAACGGCAGAUUGACAGAGAAAGUAGGUGGUGUUCUAAUAGCUCUAGCGGAUCUCCAAAUGGAGACGGUAUACAGACCAUCGGUAGAAGUUCACACAAAAUGAUAGAAGCGGUGAUGCAAUCUGCUGCAAAGGGCAAGGUUCAGACAAUACGGCAAGGUUAUCUCUCCAAACGAUCUUCAAAUCUGAGAGGAGAUUGGAAAAGACGGUUUUUUGUUCUUGAUAGCCGGGGAAUGCUGUAUUAUUACCGCAAGCAGUGUAUCAAAUCAUCUGGAUCGGGCAACCAGCUUUCUGGACAGAGAAAUAGCUCUGAGCUUGGGUCUGGACUUCUGAGUAGGUGGCUGUCUUCUAGUAAUUAUGGUGGAGUAAAUGAUGAGAAAUCUGUGGCCCGUCACACAGUGAACUUGCUUACAUCGACAAUCAAAGUCGAUGCUGAUCAGUCAGAUUUGAGGUUUUGUUUCAGGAUCAUCUCACCCUCAAAAAGUUACACUUUGCAGGCAGAGAGUGCACUCGAUCAAAUGGAUUGGAUAGAAAAGAUCACUGGGGUUAUUGCCUCGUUACUUAGUUCUCAAGUCCCCGAGAGGUGUCUUCCUGGUAGUCCAAUGGGAGGUGGUCACCAUCGGUCUGCUAGUGAAAGUAGUUCAUAUGAAAGUUCUGAAUAUGAUCAUAUUGCUACCGAGGAAUAUGCAUGUGAGAGGAGCUUUGCUGGAAACCAUCAUGAAUGGCCAUUGAGAAGCUUUCAGCCACAACAGUCCAUUUUAAAGGGUGAGAAGCCCAUUGAUGUUUUGAGAAAAGUCUCUGGGAAUGACAAAUGUGCAGACUGUGGAGCUCCAGAACCUGACUGGGCCUCCUUGAAUCUCGGAAUUCUUGUCUGCAUCGAGUGUUCUGGUGUUCAUCGUAAUCUUGGUGUGCACAUAUCAAAGGUUAGAUCACUUACGCUUGACGUAAGAGUAUGGGAGCCUUCUGUAAUAAGCUUGUUCCAGGCUAUUGGAAACACCUUUGCAAACUCUGUCUGGGAAGAAUUACUCGAUUCAAGGAGUGCUCAGGUUGACACGGGCUUCACAGGUUUGUGCAGAUUCGAUAAUUCCCGUCUGCUUGUCACUGGCAAACCCAGCAAUGCUGAUUCAAUAUCUAUAAAGGAAAAGUACAUACAUGCUAAGUAUGCUGAAAAGCUAUUUGUUCGGAAACCAAGAGACAGUGAAUUCCCGUAUUCAGUUGCACAACAAAUUCGGGAGGCGGUAUGUGCUAACGACAAGAAAACUGUUUACCGGCUUAUUGUGAAUAGUGAAGUGGAUGUGAAUUACGUGUAUGACCGAGCAUCUUCUGUCUCUUCAUCAUCAACACUCGCCAAAGCAAUGCUAAUACCCGAGAAGACGAAGCUUGAGGAUGGUUUGUUCAGAUUAAGCUUAGAAGAGUUAGAGGGUUACUCAUUGCUUCACUGUGCAUGCGGGAAGGCGGAUAUCGGGAUGGUUGAACUUCUCCUGCAGUGUGGUGCAAAUGUAAACGCAAUGGAUUCAAAUGGUCAAACACCGCUCCAAUGUUGUAUUCUCAGAGGCAAAGCUGCCAUUGCAAGAUUGCUUCUCGCCAGGGGAGCAGAUCCACAAUCUACAAAAGAAGGCAAAUCCCCUCUAGAUAUAGCAUCAGAGUCCAAAUUUACAGACUCUCAAGUUCUUGCCCUUCUAUCAGAAGCAAACGGGUAAAAACUGAUAUUUUUUUCACAUUUUGAGUUUCAUGAGCUGAGUCUAUAUGGGUAUAUAUAUAUAUGUAUGUAUGUAUGUAUGUAUGUAUGUAUGUAUGUAUGUAUGUAUGUAUGUAUGUAUGCAUUUGGCUGCAUCAAAAACGGUUUUUUUCAAGAUCGAAGAAGUCAGAAUAUAAAAAAAUGCUUGCCUCUUGAGUAUGGUUAUUGAAAUCUAUGUAUCGAUAUGUUUGCAAUGGUGAGGCUUCACGUGAAGAGUGUGAUUCCUGUAGUGUAGUUUGUGUGUGUAUACUCUAUACGUUUUCUUUUUGAGUAUUCAGUCAGAGCUUUGUCA